AUGGAAAUAAUUCCUGGUCUUCCAAAUGAUAUUAGCAGAGAGUGCUUGGUGAGGGUGCCAUGGCCUAAGCACUACAAGCUAAGCUCUGUUUCUAAAACUUGGAAAACUGUUGUAACAGGCCCACUGUUCUAUAAGAAUAGAAAGAAAUUUGGUGCAAGCCAGGAAUUGAUUAUACUAUCAGUAUGUUUUGAAUAUGAUUUCAGAAUAGUUAUCUACGAUCCUCUCAAAAAAUCUUAUCAAAUCCUGCCCUCCAUUCCUAUUGGAGUUGAGUUUCAGAAUACAUAUUUUGCUCAUUGUGUUUCUCUCAAUCACAAACUGGUCGUAAUGGGCUUUCAUGACAGGGAAGAGUUACUUUUCGUCUAUGAUUUUUGUUCUGGGAGAUGGAAGCGAGGUGCUGACCUUCCUGACAGAAGAUAUCUUUUUGGGUGUUCAGUGGACUCAGCCAAAGGACAGAUUUACAUUGCUGGAGGGCGUGAUGAAAAUGAUGAUCAGAUUCUGUUUACAGCUGCAGUUUAUAAUGUAGAGAAAGACGAGUGGGAAUAUCUUCCUCCCAUGAUUUGGGGUGGCAACUUCUCCUCCCAGAGUGCGUUCGCGGAUAACAAGUUAUAUGUUAUAAACCCUCAUAGUGAUGAGGGGUUUGUACAAUGUUAUGAUCCCAACACACGACUAUGGAGAAACAUGACCAGAUUCCAUGACACUAUUCAUCGCAGUUUCAAAUAUGGCAUUAUUAAUUCAGUUUUACCUGCAUUUGGACGUUUAUUCUAUGUUUGCAAUGAGAAUGUUAUAAAGUUUGAUUAUGUGGAAAACCAAUUCCAAUUAGCAGGAACACGUUGUCCUCGUUACUUUAGUGUGGUGGCUAUGACAAUGUGGCAUAGCCAGAUAGUUAUAUGCGGAAGAACUGAGAGUGGUGGCACCGCGUUUUAUCUGUUUGAGCCAUGCACAGUUGGAGAGAAUGGACAAGCGGGGAAACCAGAGAAAUGGACUCUCCUCACUCAUUGGACUCUUGUAGAUCUCACAGUUAUCAAUUGUUGUGGAACGUUGACAUUGUGA